CGGGCGCGGCGGCGGGGGGAGCGGGGCGAAGCGAAGCGAAGCGGGGAGGGGGCGGCCAUGGCGGCGGGGAAGGCGGCGGCGGCGGCGGCUGCGGCCGAGCCCCUGGGUCGGACGGCGGAGGAGGUGUCUUGGGCGGAGGCGCUGCGCGGGGCCUGCGAGCCCGAGCACCACUGGCGGCACCGCCGGGAGUUCCUGCUGCGCAACGUGGGGGAGCCGCCGGCGGCGGGCAGCGCCCAGCUCCAGCGCCUGGUCUCCCUCUCCAUGGUGUGGGCCAACCACGUCUUCCUGGGCUGCCGGUACCCGCCGCAGGUUAUGGAGAAGGCGCUGGAAAUGGCGGAAGGCAUCCGAGUGACCGGCGCGCCUGUCCGCACCACGAGAGAUGAACUGGUUGCCAAGGUGAAGAAAAGAGGCAUAUCAAGUAGCAAUGAAGGGAUAGAGGAGCCCUCCAAGAAGCGAGCUGUUGAGAAAAGCAAAGAAUCUAAGGAUACUGGAAAAGAUGUGAAAACAACCAAGGCAGAAGCCCUGAAGGAAGCAGAGAGCACAUUGCCAAAAAAGCAGGAAAAAGAUACUAGCAAAGAUCCCGAAAGCUCCCAGUCUACUUGCAGCUCCCAGUCUACUUGCAGCUCAAAUCAAGAAAUGGUCACAGCAUCGCCCAUAGAAACAGAAGGAAAGCCUGCUAGUGCUGAAAAUACUACUGAGCAAAAUCCAUCUUCAUCUGAAAAAGAGUCGGGCGAGAAGCCUUGCUCAAAUCCACCUAAGGAAAGCAAAUGUGAAGAUGUGCCGUCACCUGAAAAGAAAACUACGGUAAGCACAGUGCCACCGGCAGCCAAGAGCACCCCGCAGGCAGCGGCGGUGCCGCCCGCCGUGCCACCGACCUCCAAGAGCACCCCGCGGGCAGCGGUGGCAGUGCCAACAACCAUGCCACCGGCCCCCAAGGGCACCCCGCAGGCAGCGGUGGCGGCAGCGGCAGCACCGGCCCCCAAGGGCACCCCGCAGGCAGCGGCAGCACCGGCCCCCAAGGGCACCCCGCAGGCAGCGGCAGCACCGGCCCCCAAGGGCACCCCGCAGGCAGUGGCAGCACCAGCCCCCAAGGGCACCCCGCAGGCAGCAGCUUCAGCGGCACCACCGACCCCCAAGAGCACCCCGCAAGCAGCAGCGGCACCACCGACCCCCAAGAGCACCCUGCAAACAAGUGCUACAUUGCUGUCUUCCAAAAACCAAGCGAGUGCCCCGGCGUCGGCGUCCAAGAGCGGCUCUCAGGCGGGCGCCUCGCUGCUGCUGGCUCCCAAGAGCAGCGCCCAGGCGGGCACCUCGCUGCUGCUGGCCUCCAAGGGCGCUGCCAAGGCGGGCUCCUCGCUCCUGGCCUCCAAGAGCAGCGCUGAGGUGGCUGCCUCGUUGCUGGCCGCUCGGAGUGGCGCUCAGCAGGGCUCCUCGCUGCUGGCCUCCAAGAGCAGCGCUCAGGUGGCUGCUUCGCUGCUGGCCGCUCGGGGCGGCGCUCAGCAAGGUCCCUCGUCGCUGGCUUCCCGGGGUGGAGCUCAGGCAGGUGCUUCCUUGCUGGGCUCCAAGGGCGGCACGCAGGCAGGUUCGCCACAGCUUGCCUCCAAGAGCGGCUCGCAGGCGGGCGAAAGCCCUGCUAAGGCUUUGUGCAAACCAUUAACUAGCGAAGACGCGAAGGAAAGACAGCCUUUUUUCAACAGACUAUACAAAGCUGUAGCUUGGAAACUGGUUGCUGUUGGAGGCUUCAGUCCUAACGUUAAUCACGCAGAACUUCUAAACUCAUCGAUUCAGUCUGUAAAAGCUACGUUAGAUGUUGCUUUUGUUCCCCUGAAGGAACUCGCAGACUUGCCUCAAAAUAAGAGCUCUCUAGAAAAUAUAGUUUGUGAACUGAGGUGCAAGUCUGUCUACUUGGGUACUGGCUGUGGUAAAAGUAUGGAAAAUGCCAAAGCGGUUGCUUCAAGAGAAGCUUUGAAAUUAUUCCUCAAGAAGAAAGUUAUUGUGAAGAUAUGUAAAAGAAAAUACAAAGGUAGUGAAAUUGAAGAUUUGGUACUUCUGGAUGAAGAAUCAAAACCUUCAAAUUUACCUCCAGCUUUAAGAAAUCCUCGUGAGAUCUUGUAGGGGAGAAUCGCUGUUUGUACCAUGUAUAGUAUUUCAACAUAAGGACUGAAGGUUAAUUUUGUACUUUAAAAAUGUAGGCUUCCAGAUAUUUUGUAUUUCUUUCUCAGUUUUGCAAGACAAUGAUAGUCCUUUCACUUGGUAGCAAUUGUAUAAGACUUGUUAGAAAUGACAAGUGCGCAUUUAAAGGUAUGCCUUAAUAUAUAGCACACUAGUGUGCUGUUUUAUUUGCAAAAUAGUCUACCUAAUUCUUCUAUUUUUAAUUGAUUAAGGUACAGUUUGCUGUUUAAAACCUGACAAUUUUGUAAUUCUUACGAUUUGAUGGCAGUGUGCUCAAUUGUCUACCAUGUCUUUUUUAGCCACGUAGAAGUAUGCAUAUAGGGACCAUGAUACUUGAAUGAUUGAAAGUCAUUUAAAAAUUUCAAUCAAAAAGUUGAAUCAUCUGUUUGAGGCUUGUUGCUCAUAAUGUUCACUGUUGCUCAUACUAGGAGAGGAAAUAGUUGGUUGACUAUUUUUAUGGGAUGUUUUCCUAACACUUGCAAUAUAAAUGACACCCUGAUCCCAUUUAACGUUAUACUAGCAGGUUAGAUCCCAUUUAACCUUCUACUGGCCAAAUACCACUUAGCAGUCAAGUCACAGCUACUUCAGCCACCUCAACUCUGUAAGCAGAUUUAAUUUAUAUUCUGAAAUAUCAUUUACAGUUUUUUUUCAAACAAACAGAUUUCUAUACUGAGCAUAUUUUGACCGCUACUAAAACAAUAAAACCUCUGGGAUAUGCUUUUAUAGUACUUUGGGUUUGGCUAUUAAAUGUUCCAGCCAUUUCAAUAACUUUGCAACACCUUAAGAAAAGCUUUACUUUGAGUGGCUUCAAGGUGUAAUCCCACAAGGAUGAGUUAGUUGGUUUUGAUGCAUAGCUGAAAAGCUGUAAAGCUGAUAGAGUGGACCUGCAGAGUAUCCAUUUCUACUUUUGUAACACCAAGGUAAGCAAAAUGAAGAUGCUGCUGUCUGCUAGAGAUGGCGAGUGUAUUGUAAAGCGUUCACACUAAUCGAGCCCUUCCUUUGCUACAUUUUUAUGUCAUGUACAGAAUGGUUUGAAGCAAAGAAACUGGGAGAUUGCCUUUUAUUUUCAAUGUUACUGAAAUACCUGCACAAACUGCAUGUUUUGAUAUAUUGGAUAAUGACAUGUAAUUGUAAAAACAUAAUGUCUUCAGUGCUAUUUUGAAUUAAUCUUGUCCGAUUACAGUAGUUAACAUCAUUUAGUGGUGACCUUCCACUUGACUGACAUCCAUUGAGUGCUGCAGGCGUGAAUAGGAAUCCCUGGGAUCUCGGUAGUAUAUAUGUCCACUUAAAGACUUCCAAGUUCUUUUGUGAUUUUUGGGACUAAACCACAAUGGCGUUGUCACACUGUACCCUAUGUGACUUUGAACGGCGGUGGCUGUCCAGCCCGUGGCACCCGAAGCCUGCCAGGCGCUCGCGCUUCCCGAGGGCUGGCUGAGAACUUCCUCCACCUGACCGACCCCUGUGCUGCUGUGCCCUCGCUCUAGCUAGGUUUCUCAGGAGUUCCCCCUCGGUGUUUCUGGAGCAUCCCCCGACGUUCGGAGCGCCAUGCAUUAAAUCGUGUCUUACACGGCGUAAGAAUUGGCGUGUGCUUCUAGCACAGAGUGAGUUUCAUGCUGUACUUAGCAGUUGUAUUCAUGACAGGAAGGGUGAGAUCUGGUGUCAAAUCCUCACCCUGUUCUGGUGAGACACAGAGUGGUGGAGACCCAGAAUGAUUGGGUUUGGGGGGGCAGGAAUUGUGUCCUCUGAAGUUUAGUUUUUCUGCCUGGUAGUUGGGGCACCUCCAGGUCUCCGGUUGAGAGCUGCAGCAUGUGUUGCGAUGUGAAGACCCGUGUUUCCUGUCUGUAAAGCAAAGCUCACAGUAUCUACUGACCUCAGGGGGUGUUAGGGUAACUGUGUUAAAAGGCUGAGGUGCUAGAUGCCUUUUUUUUAAAGUCCUGACUUAAGCUUACUUUUUUUAAGAAUUUUUGAAUGUUAUUCCUCUUUGAUGUUUGGUUGUGAUUCAUUAAAGGACGAGUCUGUAGCUACUCUUAAUAGAAACUGAAA